UCAGGGAAUAUUUCAAACGUCAGAAUUCGAUGUAGGUUCACAUUUCCAGUCUUCACACUCCCAUUUCGUCCAGUAACGUAUGAGGGAGCCGCCCUGCUCAGGGGAUCUAGCUAGGAAAAUUAGCAUUUCCAUCAGAAACGAGCCCACAUACAGUCAUGUCCUCAUUAAGUUCCAAGACUUCUGAGGAGCUCUGUAAACUUUUGGAUGAAUAUGGGAUUAACCAUGGACCCAUUGUGGACUCUACAAGAAAGCUUUAUGAGAAGAAACUGACAGAGGCCAUGUCCAAAAGGCCCAAGUCAUCAUCACCUGACAAGACUUACUACAGAGAAGAACAGGAAGAAAUCACAUAUGUUACCUAUCGUCCACCAACACAACAUGAAAACACUGAAGAUGUAACAAGAAGAUAUGGGGCCAGCAGGGAUGCAGAUGAUGUGGAUAAUGCAAAUGAACCCAUCAUCAGCUACACUCGAACAGCGUACCAGAGCACACCCCGCUCUAGAUCAACAGCCUACACAAGCAAGUCAAGCCUGCAGGAUGCCAGUCCAGGAACCAUCAAAUCUCAGGAGAACAAAUCUGGUGGUGUACCAGUGUGGCUUCGUAUGCUGGUUUUCAUCAUCAUCGCAGUGCUUCUUUACUAUCUGUACUCUAACAUGGAGUCUGUUAACGAAAACCCUUUUAAAACAAUUGAUUCAUAAUGCAAUGCUAUUUCUUCCAACUUGAGUUGAUCCAUUCCAGUGUCUACUACAAUCAUUAAAAUUUUAAUUACAAAUGAUAGAUAUUUGCAAGAUUUGUAUUAGAUGUACUAGGCACAUGAGUCUAGAUUUACAGAUUUAACAUUGCUAAGUUUUUUUUCUUUUUUUACUUUUUAAUUCAUAUGUAUUCAGAGUGAUAUGGUGGAGCCCAUUAAUAGCCAUAAUUUUAUAUAUAAAAUUGUUGAAUGUAAUUAGAUAAUAAACUGGCAAUUAUAAAAUAAAUUUGUCAAAUUGUUA